GGAUCUUUUUGUUUCUCAUCUUCAAGCUGAUCAUCUGUUUACCACACACCAAAUCCAAGAAGGGAGCUAUAAAGCUGCCCUUGAAGCUCUAGAGCUUCAAAGAAUUCCUCAAGCCCAUCAGCAGAUAUUAUAUGAUCUGCCUAUUCCUCCUAUUCAAGGACUGGAGCUUCUCCAAGCCCAUGAAUGUAGUGAAUGUGGGAAGGUCUUUCUUAGUGCCCAAAGUGGGCAACGCCAUGCAAGUAAAAUCCAUGAGAUGAAGACUCUAACUUCCCAAAAUGCUUGCUUGACUCCCAUAUUGGCCCAAUCUUUGUCCAAAAACAAAUUCUAUUUCAAAGUCACUGAGCCAGCCACUGAACCUGGCCCUUCACCAACUCCUGGCCCAUCUCAGCCACAUCAAGCCCAAAGACCUAGGGUGGUUGAGUCCAGUGACUCUGAUAUUGAGAUGGUCUCUGCCAGGGAUGUCAAUACCUCUCUGAGAGCCUCUUCUGCCUUUGGACCCUCUGCCAGUCUUCCUACCAGGCCUGGUUCUUCGUCGCAGCCUGACUCUGGCAUCACCCCAGAUCUGGUGGAUUCCCUGCUCCGUCAGUACCAGGAAAUCCAGAAGCCCCAGCCAGAGCAAGCCAAGAUCUAUCUCUCUGGGUCUAGGGAUGAGCUCAAUGGAUUUCAGCUCCACACCAGGUAUCCAGAGUUCCUGCAGCAACGCUCCCUCCCAAAGCUAAGAAAUCUCUUCUCUCUAUCCCUAGAGCAUUCUGAUCGAAUCCAUGAUUUCCUGACUGCCUGCACCACCUAUAUAUUCGCCAAAGGCCAGAAGAUCAUCCCUCUCCUUUCUCGCCAUGUUCGAUGCCUUCUCAAUAGUUUUGACAUUGAGCAUGUGACUCUGCGCCCUUUCAAACCCCUCCAGGAGGCAGCCAGUGCCCAGAAAUAUGCCCGCGUGCUUCACAGCUUUCUCGUUUUUCUGUUGGAGAGCUAUCCCUACCAGGUCACUAGGGGGCCUAGGGAUAGGGACCUGAAUCGACUCUAUGCUAUAGAUCACAUGGUCAAGGCGGGGAUUCAGGAGCUCAAGGACCUGCUACUAUCCCCCACCCUAGCGGAAGAGGAUGAGGAGGCACCAAAGGCCUCAGGCCCCUUGCAGGCAGGCAGUGCCCGUGCCUAUAUUGGUGAUGACCUUGAUGGUGAGAAUGAUGAAGAGGAUGAGAUCGAUCUGGCCCUGGACCUAGGGGGAUGA